AUGCCUGCCUUCAAUCUCGAAACCUGCGCCAGGCCCAACAUCCUCGCUCUCCAGCCCUAUCGCUGCGCUCGAGAUGACUACAAGGAUGAUGGCAAGAACAUCCUGCUGGAUGCCAACGAAAACGCCUUCAGUCCUUUCCCAGCUGAUGUAAAAGCCAUCACCGAAGGCCCCUUCACCCUCAAUCUGAUGGGCCUCAAUCGCUAUCCUGACCCUCACCAGCAUGACCUCAAGCAGCUGCUAUGCAAUCUGCGCAACACCCACGCCCAUACCCCAAAGACCCUCACCCCAGACCACCUGUUCGUCGGUGUUGGUAGUGACGAGGCCAUUGAUGCCCUGCUAAGAUGUUUUUGCGUCCCUGGCAAGGAUCGCAUCCUCACCUGUCCCCCAACAUACGGCAUGUACGCGGUAUCUGCCCAGGUCAACGAUGUCUCCCUGGUCAAGGUGCCUCUACUCCCAGCACCAGACUUCGCCCUUGAUGUCCCUGCCAUUUUGGACACUCUCUCCAAUGAGCCCAAUAUCAAGCUUGCCUACCUGUGCUCCCCUGGAAACCCCACGGGAUCUCUUCUCGCCAAGUCGGACAUCCAACAGAUUCUCUCCCACCCCACGUGGAACGGCAUCGUCGUCGUAGACGAGGCAUACAUCGACUUUGCCCCCGAGGAUGCCUCUCUCGCCGAAUGGGUCACCGAGUUCCCCAACCUGGUCGUCAUGCAGACCCUGUCCAAAGCCUUUGGGAUGGCCGGGAUCCGCCUCGGCGUGGCCUUCACCUCGCCGCCCAUCGCCCAGCUCCUCAACAAUCUCAAGGCCCCUUACAACAUCUCCAACCCGACCAGCACCCUGGCCUCGUACGCCCUGGGGGAGCAGGGGCUCUCCGUCAUGCGUGGGAACCGCGCAAAGCUGGUUGAGCAGAGGGAGCGUCUCCUGCAGGAACUGCCCAAGAUCAGUGGCGUGGGCAGGCUGAGGGGCGGCACAUCGAGCAACUUCCUGCUGUAUGAGAUGCUAGAUGCCCAGGGUAACCCCGACAACACGACUGCUCUCGCCGUGUAUGAGAAGCUGGCCGAGACUCAGGGCGUGGUCGUCCGAUUCCGAGGAAAGGAGCACGGAUGCCUGGGCUGCUUGCGCAUCACUGUCGGUAGCGAGCCAGAGGUGACGAGAUUCCUCGCGUCGAUAACCAAGAUAUUGGCUGAGGUUCGGGGGACAUUGAAUUAA